AAAAUAUGGUUGACAAAAUAAAAGCCAUCCUCACCAAUUAUCACCCAAAGUAAGAUGUCUCGUUUAGAAGCUAAAAAGCCAUCGUUCUGUAAAAGUGAACCACUGACAAGUGAGAGAGUCAGGGCCACACUUUGUGUCUUGAAAGGCAUCCUAACAUCGAGCUAUGGCCCUUCAGGUAGGCUGAAGCAGCUGCACAAUGGCCUUGGGGGCUGUGUGUGCACAACCUCACAGUCGUCAGCCCUGCUCACUAACCUUUCCGUCACCCAUCCCAUCUUAAAGAUCCUAACAACAUCCAUGCAGAAUCAUGUGUCGUGCUUCAGUGACUGUGGCUUAUUCACAGCCAUUCUUUGCUGCAAUCUGAUUGAAAAUGUUCAGAGAAUAGGCUUGAUGCCCACCACUGUUAUCAAAUUAAAUAAGCAUCUUUUGAGCCUCUGCACCAGCUACCUCCAGUCUGAGUUCUGUGCUUGUCGAAUUCUAGUCGACUUCAGUAGUACUCAGACCCUCCUUUGCCUGGUGCGCAGUAUAGUAACAAGUAAACCUGCCUGCAUGCUCACCAGACAGGAAAUAGACCAUAUUAGUGCUUUGAUUCUGAGAGCCUUUUUGCUUACAAUUCCAGAAAACACCAAAGACUGCCUCAUUUUAGGAAAGAGUAUAAUUGUGCCUUUAAAAGGUCAAAGAGUUACAGAUUCUACUGUAUUACCUGGAAUACUUCUUGAAAUAUCAGAAGUUCAAUUGAUGAAGAUCUUACCUAUCAAAAAAUCAGACACCUUCAAGGUGGCACUCUUCUGUGCAUCUUUAUCUGGAGAUCUCUCUGACACUGGAGAAGGAACUGUAGUGGUCAGUUCUGGGGUUUCUCUUGAAAAUGCAGUCCUGGACCAGUUGCUUAACCUAGGAAGGCAGCUAGUUAGUGAUCACAUAGAUCUAGUCAUAUGCCAAAAAGUUGUGCACCCAUCUUUGAAACAGUUUCUCAGUAUGCAUCGCAUGAUUGCCAUAGACAGAGUCGGAGCAGCUCUCAUGGAACCCCUGAGUAAAGUGACAGGAACACAGCCUAUUGGUUCCCUAGGCUCAAUCUCUCCUAGUAGUUAUGGAAGUGUAAAAGAUUUGUGCACUGAAAAAUUUGGCUUCAAACAUUUUCUUCAUCUUAUUCCUAAUGAGGCAACUAUCUGCAGCUUGCUGCUCUGCAACAGAAAUGACACUGCCUGGGAUGAGCUGAAGCUCACAUGUCAAACAGCACUGCAUGUUUUGCAGUUAACAAUCAAGGAACCAAGUGUUUUGUUGGGAGGUGGCUGUACUGAAACUCAUUUGGCAGCAUAUAUCAGACACAAGAUUUGUAAUGAGCCCGAAAGCAUUCUCCAAGAUGAUGGGUGUACUCAAACAGAACUUCAGCUCCUCACUGAAGCAUUCUGCAGUGCACUAGAAUCUGUUGCUGGCUCUCUAGAACAUGAUGGAGGUGAAAUUCUUACUGACAUGAAGUAUGGACACUUUUGGUCUGCUCAGCCAGAGUCUCCCUCUGUUGUUGACUGGCCAGAUUUGCUUUCAAGAUGUGGCUGUGGACUAUACACUAGCCAGGAAGAACUCCGCUGGUCUUUUUUAAAGAGUACUCGUCAUCCCUUUGCACCACAAACCUGCCUCCCACAUGAAGCUGUGGGCUCAGCCAACAACCUGACCUUGGACUGUUUUACUGCUAAACUUAGUGGCCUGCAGGUGGCUGUGGAGACAGCCAACUUGAUUUUGGAUCUUUCAUAUAUCAUUGAAGAUAAAAACUGAUAGAACAGCAUGUUUAUAUUACAAAAACAAACAAAAAAACCUAGUCAGGUAGUCAGUUAAGAAAAAUAAUGUGCAUAUUUUUUCUCUCCCAAAGCCCUCUUCUGCAUAUUUGGAUAGGUUAUUCAUAAAGUUAUAGAUACAUAAGGAAAAUAUAUGAUUCUUAAAUGGAAAUACCAUAGAACAUUAAAAACAUGAAGUAUUACUAAAGAUAUUAUAGUUAUCUUAGGGAUUCCACAGAUGCCACUGUAUGUUCUAAAUUGGUGUUGUUAUUGUGACAUCAUUCUAAGAAUAUACAGAAAUUAAAAAAACUUCCUAAUCUAUGCUCUAGUUUGGUUAUACUAAACUGAUGUUUCACCAAGGAAUAUAAUUUGAAUUUUAUGCAAAUGCAAUCAAUGUAUUGAUAAAUUGAAGAUGAAAUACAGAAUGCAGCUUGAGGAGUAAGUAUGGAGCUGUAACAGAUGUUAUAUUAAACCUUAAACAUUUUGAAAAUUUUUGGAAAAUUAAACAAUGUAAGAGUCAGAUUUGUAGCCAUGUUAGAAGGAAAAAGAGUUUUUAAGCAAUUUCCUCCUAUAUUCUUGCAAUGCAAAAUAAUUUUUACCCUGAGCCAAAGAAAAAAUUGUAGUACACAGUAAUGCAACAUAAAACUAUGAAAACUUGAGUGUACCUUAUGCUUCAUAAAACAGUCUCUUAAAUUUUACUUUUUAUUAUUAGAGUCAAAUGGAAGGACAGUGUGGUAGGCAGCCUCUAAGACGGUCCUAGUGACCUCUCCCAACCCUGGGUUUCAGGACCUUGAACAGUCCCCUGCCCUUGAGUGUGGGGUGGAUGUAGGGACUCCUCUGAGUUUCUCCCCCUUGUGAACAGGAAUGUCUUAUUGGAGUUCUCCCAUGCUCAAUCCAUCAUUGUAUGUUGGGAGUGGAGGGCAGAUGACUUGUCCCAUUAGCUUCAUGAGUCUACAGAUUGAGAGGAGCUGUGUUGCAGAAUCUGGACUUAACAAAUUACACCUGAGGAGCUUCACCCAACCUGACCUGAUUUCAGUGAUAAGAUUCUGGACUUCAAGCUGAUGGUGUAAUACGAUGAGACUUUUGGCAAUCUGGGGAGUGUGUGAAUGUAUUUUGCAUUUGAUACAUUAGAGGCAACCUCUAAGAUGGCUUCAGUGAUGUCACUUCCUGGUAGUCCACCCUUUGGGUGUGCAUGGGACCUAAAAACUAGUUUUUAAUGAGUAUACAGCAGAAGUGAUGGGAUGUCACGUUGUAGAAAGAUGGGCUUCUCUCUUGAUCUCUCACUCUCACCCUGAUUAGAGGCUACCUGCCGGGUUGGGAAUGCCUAUAGAGAGACCCACAUAGCAAGAAACAGGGCCUUCGAGCCAACAGCACAUAAGGAACUGAAUCCUACCAACAACCACAAGAAUUCUUUUAGAAGCAUAUCCCCCCUAGUGGAGCCUAAGCAGUAACCCCUGCCACUGCAACUACUAGAAAGACCCUAAAGCAGAGAACCUAGCUAAAUUACUCCCAGAUUGAUUCCUGACCCACAAAAUCUGUGAGAUAAUAAAUCUUAAGUCUUGGGUAUAAUUUGUUAUGCAGCAAUAGACAUCUAAUAAAGGCAGGAGCAAAGGCUUAUUUAUAAUUACAUACUGAAAACUUGGUCACACAAUGGCAAAAAGCUUUCUUGAUGCCAUGCCUCUGCGUUUUCACCAUCACUACAAACAUAAAGGCACUGUUCUUUAUCAUACAUGCUUACAAUGGGGUUUUACAUUCACUUAAGAAAGUGUGUCACGUGGGAAUAGGAGAAUUGCCCUGGGUCUCCCUGGCCUUCUACUGCAUUUCCAAGUUACUCAAAAAAGGGAUGCCACGCUGAAUCUCUCCAGUUGAUCUUAGAGGUUAAGAGCCUCCACUUCCCAUGAUAGCCAUUAACUCUGCCAUUUUUAUUUAGCUUUGCCAUAAAAUUCAGUUACAUACCUUGGUGAAACAUCCAUGCUCUCAUUUUGAAUAUGUCAUAAAUUUGUUUAAAUAGUCUCAUGAAGUCAUGUUUCCUGAAGUUGUGUACAAGCCUUACUAGAAAAUACUGUAAAUAAUUUUUUUUAAAAAGCAAUUCCUUAACAGAUGAAGGAAAUCAUCAAACUCAGAUGGUAAAAUAUGAGAUGAAAAUUCAUGAUGCAAAUAGUUGCAGAGGAGCUCAUUUUGACAGAAAUAAAUGACAGAAACAGCAACUAA